UCUAAUAUUUGUAUUUGUAUUUGUUUUCAUUCAACAUACCUGUGUAUUAAUUCAAUCAUGGACGGUGAAAGAGCAGACAUCGGCGAACAUUUUAAAAUAAAAAAAGAAACGGACCAAGACGAAACACACCAAACAAUAUUCAACUAUGACGCUUGUGCCGGAAUCAUAGUGAAAAUCGAAACCGACGUUGUGGACGGUUAUUUGUUCGAAAGCGUCAUUGAAACAGAAACGGCGGACUACCAGAACGGCGUCGGUGUCGUUAAUAUCGUAGGGAAGAAUUUACGGUGGCCGGACUCGUUCGAACUAGUGCGUAAGACUGUGGACAAAGUGGGCGACCACGGAGACACAUCGAAUACGUUCGAAUGCCAUUCGUGCCAUAAGUCGUACACGGAUAAGAACAAGUUCAUACGUCACGUGAAAUCGCAUAACCCGGCCAAAAAGUACAAGUGCGAGGACUGUCCCAAGUACUUCCCGUUCCCGUCCAGGCUGAAAACGCACCAGAUCGUGCAUACCAAGACUAGACUGUUCGAGUGUGCCACGUGCAAGCGGUCGUACACCACACCGUUUAUACUCAAAGAGCAUGCACGGAUUCAUACGGGCGAAAGGCCUUACAACUGUAUGGUCUGUUACAAGCGCUUCACUCGGAACGCGCUGCUCAAGAAGCACGAGCGAGUGCACACGGGUGAGAAACCGUACAGGUGCAACGUGUGCUCCAAGUGUUUCUCACAGUCACAACAUCUGAAGAAGCACGAGCGAGUGCACACGGGCGAAAAGCCGUACGAAUGCAAAGUGUGCCUCAAGUGUUUCUCGCGCAAUGAACACCUGAAGAAACACAUGAGAGUACACACAGGUGAAAAACCUUACAGGUGCGACGUGUGCUCCAAGUGCUUCUCGCAAAAUGUCAACCUCAAAAAACACAAGGCUAUCCACACCGGUAUGAAGAUGCACAAAUGUUCUGUGUGUUCCAAAUCAUUCGUCGAAAACGGCGACCUCAAGAAACACGAACGGGUCCACACCGGCGAGAAGCCGUACAAGUGCGACCUGUGCAACAAGUGUUUCUCGCAAAGGCAACACCUGAAAAAACACAGACGCGUUCAUACCGGAGAAAAACCGUACGAGUGCAGUGUGUGCCUGAAACGUUUCACCCAGAGUGAACACCUCAAGCAGCAUGACCGAGUGCACACUGGAGAUAAACCGUAUAAUUGUCAACUGUGUGUCAAGUCGUUCUCAACGUCGGGAGGUCUACGAAGCCACGAGAAGACACAUUUAAAAAAAAUACAAUUGCGAUUGGGUUGCCCAAUAAUAAAACUACCUAAAGCCAAGCUGCCCGAAAUCGAGUUUCCUAAAAUUGAGACACUCAAAUCAGAGUUUUUUGAAACCACUUUGCCCGAUAAAAUAUAUUAA